AACACAGGUAUUACUAAUACAAGUAUUACUAAUACACUAUAUUUUGCACUAUUUUAUACACCAUAACAAACGACACCUUAGAGAUGAUAGGUCAACUCAUCCAAGCGGAACGACGUCAGUUUGCUCUGCGGUAAUCGAAUCGCAGAUAUGAGUUCCGUCAUCGACUAUUAUGUACACACUACACUUGUUCAGUAGUAAGUUUUAGGAAAGAACUAAAGGGUUUAUAAGUCUCCACUACUCGAACCCCUUUAUCUUCAAUCCUAAAUUCCCCUUUCUUCAGUCCUGAAUAAUUUUUGAGUGUAUUGGUGAAGCCAAAUUGGAUGGAUAGACACAGAGGGGAGAGGUACGGAAAUAACAACUCGGACCAAUUUCAUUACAAGCAUUCAAGGGGUCCUCCAUCUCCUAGAACUUAUUCUGAUGGUUCUGGGAACCCUCAACAUCAUCAUCAUCGAAGCCCUGAUGUAUAUCGCGUCCCCCGCCCUAACCGGGCCUUCCAUAGCCCUCCUCGGCAACCUACCGAUACUAUUGCUGCUGGGGUUGAUUCUGGAAGGUUGAAUUCGAAUUACCAGACGCCGCCACCGCCUUAUCCUCCUUCGGGGAAAAAACGAGGUUACCCCUUUCCAGAACAAGUUGAUGAAGGUGGUUUUGCCAAACUUUUUGUUGGAUCUGUCCCAAGAACGGCAACUGAAGAAGAUAUCCGACCUCUGUUUGAGGAAGAAGGACGAGUACUCGAGGUAGCUUUCAUCAAAGAUAAGAGAACUGGGCAACAACAAGGAUGUUGUUUUAUUAAAUAUGCUACUUCAGCUGAAGCUGAUAGAGCUAUAAGAGCAUUGCACAAUCAAUAUACUCUGCCUGGGGGAUUUGGUCCUAUUCAAGUCAGAUAUGCAGAUGGUGAACGUGAACGCCUUGGUGCAGUUGAGUACAAGUUAUUUGUCGGGUCACUGAACAAACAAGCUACAGAGAAGGAAGUUGAAGAGAUAUUUUCACCAUAUGGCCGCGUUGAAGAUGUCUAUCUCAUGCGUGAUGAUAUGAAGCAGAGUCGUGGUUGUGGAUUCGUCAAAUAUUCUCAUAGAGAUAUGGCAAUGGCAGCUAUUAACUCUCUGAGUGGAAAUUAUACAAUGAGGGGGUGCGACCAACCUUUAACUGUCCGGUUUGCCGACCCUAAGAGGCCUAAACCUGGAGAACAACCUAGAGGUGGUGGACCAGCUUUUGGUGGACCUGGUGUUGGACCUCGUUUCCCAACACCUGGGAUGAGACCGCCGCCUAAUAUUGGUGAGCCUUUACAAGGCCAAAUUGGUCCUAAUGCCUGGCGACCUAUGAGUCCAGAAGGUCUCAGGCCAAUUUCCAACCAAGGGAUGCGUGGUUUUGGGAAUCAAUUUCCUCCUAGAUCUGCUGAUACCACCGCUCCUUCUGCUUUGGGUGGCUCCUUCAGGGGUGUUAGUGGCACUGGAAAUGGGUUGCUUACAGGACCCUCGGCUGCUUCUGCUCCUACAUCGAAACUUUCUGCUCAACAAUUCUCCACUGUUGGCCCACAGAUUUCUCCACUACAAAAGCCACUUCAGUCACCGCAACAUUUACCAUCUACCGUGCAGCUUCACCCUCCCGCUUCAACUCCUAUGUCACAGGGACCAACAUCUCAUGCUUUUUUCGUUCAGACAAAUCAAGUACAGAUGUCCCACUCUUCUGGUCAAAGUCCUUUCCGUCAGGGAAUGCCAUUGCAGCAGUCGCUUGGUAUGACUGGGCAAUCAACUGUUUCUCAGCCCCAGGUGCAGCGCAAUAUGGCACCUGUCAUUGGACAUACACUCUUAAGUAACAACAUGCAAAUACAUGCUGCAUCUGCAAAUGCAAAUCAGCAGCCUUUACAGCAGCAGUUGGUCCAACAUCUUCAUCCUCCCCCUUCCCAACUAGCACAGAUGUUGUCUCAACAGACCCAAACUCUGCAGGCGAGUUUUCAAUCAUCACAGCAAACCUUUACUCAGCUUCAGCAACAAUUGCAGCUCAUGCAACCAUCUAGCCAAAACUCAGCAGUCCAGCAGGGCACGCAAGAUGCUAAACCACAGUCUCCAUGGCCUGCCCUUGUUCAACAAGCAGCACCUAGUGCCACUGCUGUCCAACCAAAAGCAGAUGCGCUUCCUGCUACAUCUGGAAUGAACCAGACUACUGGUCAGGUGAAAUGUAAUUGGACAGAGCACAUGUCCCCUGAUGGAUUCAAGUACUAUUACAACAGUACUACUGGAGAAAGCAGGUGGGAAAAGCCGGAGGAGCUGAUAUCAUACGAACAACAACAGCAAAAACUCUCAGUCCAACAGGCUCAUGUUCAGGCGCAACCACAGGGGUUUCCUUCCCAACAAGUUCCUGAAAUGCAAGCACAGCUUCGGAAUCAGCUUCCAACACAUGUCCAGACCCAGGUCUGCCCUCAUCAAUUAUUGCAACAAGCUUCUCAUGCUACUGUGUUCCCCGUUGGAAUGACGCGUCAACAACCGCUUCAGUAUCUACUUACGCAUACCUCCAAGGCUCAAAAAGAAACAGUGGAUUUCUUCACCUUUGUUGUCUUUAGCUGCAAAAGCCAAAAAGGGGGGGAUCCAAGCUGCUCAGGAAUGGAUGUGGAAAAACAAGCCUGCAGGAGCUUGAGUUUUGCGGUUAAAAUGAUGCGCUUAGCUGGAAGCAGAUGCCAGAUGCCACAAUUUUGUAUUGUGCAGCCCGAUUUCAACGGAGAUGUAGCAUUACUCUGUGAAUAUCUUUUGGUAGAGAAAUUUACAAAGUGUCAAGAGUAUACUGCCCCAAGGAGUCAAUGCUCCCAAUGCCAAUAGAUGCGGUAGCUCUGAAUGCUUAGAGAUUGCAUUGUGUGCUUCCUUGAGGUUUCCAGCAUUUCAUUGAUACUAGUCCGUAAUGUAUCGUAUUAUAUUUAUAUAGAGCUCCGUUAGGUUCAAAGAUGUCUGUAGUUUAGAAAUGAGCCCCUCCCCAGGAGCCUUGGCAAAAGAAAAUUAGUCAUUCAAGUAUCAUAGUUUGUGUAUGAGAUGGUUGGUUGCCUUGGCUUGUAUUAUUAUCUGCAUUCCUUAGCUUUUUUUACGUGCUGUGUCGUAUGGCCUGUCUUUGGUAUAAUUACAUGUGUAACGAGCUGUAGCUUUCUUAAGUGCCAUUCUCUUGUUUUC